CUAUUGGCCAACUCUCGGUUCCUCGUUGUGUGCUGCGGAGCAUAGAGACCUCUGAGCAACGCGCACAGCUGCACAUUUUCAGCGAUGCCUCUGAAAUUGGGUAUGGUGUGGUCGCAUAUUUGCGGCACACCUCUGCGUUGGGUCGGCCUUAUUGCUCUCUCUUGCUUGCAAAAUCUAGAGUUACUCCAUUGAAGGCAACAACUAUACCCCGGUUAGAACUUGGAGCUGCAGUGUUGGCAGCGAAAGUUAAUCAGAUACUCGCAGAUAGUCUGAGUAUGAGUCCACGAGAUACACGGUAUUGGACCGACUCGCAAAUCGUGCUGCACUACAUCUAUAAUAAGUCGACAAGAUUCAGUACGUUUGUCGCUAACCGAAUUGCCGCCAUACAACAGCUGUCUGAACCGACGCAAUGGAACCACGUUCGGUCGAAGGAUAACGCAGCAGACUUGACCUCGAGGGGAACCCUGAAGUUGAGCGAAUGGAGAGCGUGGGUAGGAGGACCGGAUUUUCUCCUGCAAACCGACUGCUCCUGGGUAGACGGGUAUACCCCAACGGAAAGCAUGGCAAACGUGGAAUUAAAAAAGCCAAGUAGUUCCAUAAAUGCUACAUCAACAAACCCCGCGAACCCACUGCUGACGUAUUUUUCGAGCUGGGCCAAAUUACUGAAGGCAGUAGCUUGGCUGGUUCGUUUCAAAUGCUGGUUACUAUCCCGUCACAAUGCGCAUCGGGUAUUUGCUAGAGGCCCGCUGUUAGUUUCCGAGAUAGAAGAUGCCAGGAAAGACAUCCUGCGCAUGGUGCAACGCGAGACGUUCAGCAACGAACUGACAAACCUUAAAGCGUGCAGCAAUCAAUCGACCCACCUUAAUCACGCAUGGAAAAAACGAAACCCAAUCCGUCGCUUGUACCCAACUCUGAUCGAGGGAAUUAUCUGCGUCGGAGGGCGGUUGAACUACACGGACUACGAGGAGAGUUUGAAGCACCCUGCUAUCCUUCCCAGUAGGCACCCAGUUGUCGAGGCGCUGGUGCGUCAUUUCCACGUCUCAGAAGGCCACGGUGGAGUGCAUCACGUGCUAAGUGCGAUCCGCACCAAGUACUGGAUACUGCAUGGGGCUAAAACAGUGAAGCGAGUGGUCGGAAGCUGCAUCCGCUGCUGGAAGCGCACCGCCACUCCGUGCCAGCAACAGAUGGCACCAUUACCCUGUGCCAGGGCGGAAAUUGGUUGGUUUCCUUUCAAGAAUGUGGGUGUGGAUUACUUUGGCCCUAUUGUUGUAAAGCGAGGAAGGACUGUGGAAAAGCGCUUUGGGUGCAUAUUCAAUUGCCUGCAAACCAGGGCAGUGCACUUGGAAGCAGCCCACGACCUCUCGACUGAUGCAUUCAUUACGGCAUUCAUCCGUUUCGUCGGCAGACGGGGCUGCCCAUCAGAAGUAUAUAGUGACAACGGAACGAAUUUCGUCGGGGCGGUUAGGGAAUUACGUGAUGGUGUUAAAAAUGGGAUCAAAAACGGAUUGACGGAGAGCUAUGCCUUCGUGGUGUGCAAUGGCAUUUCAAUCCACCAUUUGCAAGUCACAGGGGCGGGGUGUGGGAAAGAAUUAUCCGCUCUGUAAGGAAAAUAUUGUACGGCGUAUGCAACGAGCAACGCCUUACUGAUGACUCCCUAGCCACUGUAUUCGUCGAGGUAGAACGGAUUCUAAACAAUCGCCCGCUAGUUCCACCCACCUCCGAUAGCCAAGAUGCUCCUCCAUUAACCCCGAACAGCCUACUUCUCAUACGAUGCGAAACCUUGCAGCUACCAGACAUCGACAUCAGAGACAGGUAUACUAAGCGCUGGAAGCAAGUAGCCCACGUA